GCAAAGUAAGCCUUCGAGGUUAUACAGAAAGCUGUGUGUCGACUGCAGAGCGGACUUCUGCAGGAUGCGGCAUACCUGGCUCCCUUGUAGUUUGCUUUUCACUCAAGUGCUCUUGGCUAGUACUAAUGAAUUUCUUGCCAGCCAGGUCCAGGAUGAGGAUGGACUAAGUAGCGGUUUGGUGAAGACGCUGGUUAAGCGGUCACCUACUGCUGGCGCGAACAAACGCGUCCGACGAGGCAUACUUGAAGCAGCUAUGAAGGCCAAAGCUUUGACAACAGCGGCUAUCCACGGGAUCAUUAGUAUGAAGAACAAGAUGCGUGAGUUGAAAGGAAACGAAGACGAGGACGAGCCAUUUCGCCCCAUCGACGUUGACGCGAUACUUAGGGAAGAAAGCGGCAAUUACGACGACGAAUCACCAGAAGAUAACACAGAUAAUUCACCCGCUCAAACAGUGUACCAAGCGGGAAUGCAUACACAAAACUAUCCUUAUAUCGCCGGACAUGCGAACGGCAUACCAAAGCAAGAAUUUCGCAAGGGAUGGUAAAGCUUCAUUGGAACAUUUCAGUGUCUGGUAGGACGAAAGGCGUAAAAAAUUUCCUUCGAGCUUCUGUGAGCCAUAUUGACGUUCAUCUCACAAACUAGAUCUUUUACUGUAAUAACGCACCGACAAACUAAAGGAAUAUCUGUAACUGAAGGCAAUGGUAAAGCCAACAAUCAACUCCUAUUGAGGUCUGUAGAAUGACAUGAGCCCACACGCACGAACACACAAGGAGACGCAGUCAAAAAGUAACGAGAAGCAUUCGCACACUUAUCUAUUUGCCUGUUUGUGUUAUAUAAUCUAAUUUGCAAGGAUUCCGGCUAGACAAUGGUUACUUAGCCGUUGCAUAUAUGGUAUAUGUUAGCUGUUAUCAUUUCCCUGAAUCAAUGGGAAAGCCACGGAUUUAAUGACAUAAAUACUUGCGAGAUUUAUAGAGCUGACGCCUGAAACCCCAUUGGUUGACAUGCCAAUUAAUGAACUGCGAUUAUUCCAAUUUAGCCUAAUAAUAGAAAAUGAUGUUUUCCUUAGCUGGGGUGGGAUCGUCGCAAACUCCAUUUAUCAUUGUUGCUGGUUACGAUGUAGACUUACGAUGAUUGACGUACAGGUCUCUACGAUGGGUACCUUCGAUUGCUUAUGCUUCCUUAGCCUGUUUUGUUGUUUGCUGUUGUGCCGUGGGGUUGCUUCCGGCAGUGCCCUUUUUUUAUUUUUGGUUAUGUUGUCAUGUGUUACAAUUUUUGUGCAGACUUACGAGAUCUUCCUCAAUAAAAAGAUUUGCGUGCGUGA